CCACAAUUUCUUCUUUUAAUUUGUCUUCAGCAGUCUGAGGUAAUUGGGUUUUGAGACAAAUUUUAAAUUGUUUCAUUUCCAAAAUUCGUUUGGUCACAACAUCUAGGAGCAAUCCAUCUGCUAAUCAAUAAACAACAUUUAAAUGCUGCUGUGAGAAAGGCAAACCGGCACAAAACCAAUACUGUCAGCAACCCAGGACAACUCUAAUUUCCUGACAGAAAUCGAUUCACAGCAAAAUAAUGAUUAUUGUAAAUAUUUAUAGUUCUAAAAGGAAACGCUCAUCAAUGCAGCUUUUUGAGCAGUUCAUUUCCAAAUAAAGAUUCUGAUGGGCCCCACCUAGCCAUGUAUCUUGUGGUGGAGGACGUGGUGGCUGUGAAGCGACUCUCUGGCUGUCUUGGAACUGACUCUCUUGGAGGAUCUCCUGGAGGCCUGGGGGGCAGUUUGGGUACAUUUCAGAUGUGGUGGGGGGAGGAACACUGGGCAUGGAGAGGCGAGGUCCACACCUGGCUCUUCACUAUUUUGCUGUGUAAUCUCAGAAAGCCAUUUGACCACUCUGAACAUUCCAUUUUUCUCAUCUGGAAAAGAACAAUAAUCAUAUUGCCCAACUUAACCUUCCAGACUGCAAGGAUGAAAUGAAGAAAGGGGGAGGCUAUAUCUGUGAGCAUAUAUUUAACGGACUGGACAACUUUAGGGUCUUUUCAUGGUUCCGUAUUUCCCAAGAACAGGGUUAAGGAGCAGGCAGGAAGGCUCCUGAGAAAUCAGAUAAGUCAUCCUGAAGCUCAACGUCCAAGGGAGUUUUCCUCCUAAAAAAUAAGUGACCCCAGAACGAAGUGUUCAUUCAGUAAUAUGACUGUGCAACAGGCGCUGGGAAAACAAAAUGAAAAGGACCUGUAAGGGCUGCUCAGGAAGCUCAGUCUAGUGAGGACGAAGGCUGUGCAAACAGAGAAGUGGGGGACGGAGCUAGGCCAGUGCGACCAGAGCUGUGGGAACGUGAAGUGUGAGCUUCAGGGCUGCCUGAGAAUUUCAUGUUGAGCAGCAACCAAAGAGGGUUAUUCCAGGAAAAGGACAGGCAAAGACUAGCAUUUCAAGGGAACCAUGAACACAAAUCAGUUUCCCAAACUUCAGUCUCUUGAAGUCUGCUUUUAGUUUUUUUUUUGGGGGGGGGGGCAUGUCUUUGCAGCACGUACACCAUUUUAAGUUGACUGAUUUUUGAAAAUGUAAACAAACAAUUUAAAAAGAAAAAUUUAUAUGACUACUGUAAGUGAAAAACGUUAUCUGUCAUAAACAGAAAAUGACCUUAGAACAUGGACCACAUCAACUCAUUACUCAUGAAAUAAAUGUCAGGCUCAGUUUGUUUCUGAGGCUAAUGGGGUGACCAAGACAGACAGAGGUAACAGAGGGAGAUAACGUCAGAUAGGAAUGGAUGCUACGUAGAAAAUAUGAAGUGUCUUGGAAGGUUACUUUAGAUGGGUUUCGGGGAGUGAGGGUUAGGGGCUGGAAGAUAUCAUUUGAGCCGAGGACUACAGUGUUGGAGCUAAACACCUUAACAUCAAAACCAAAAACAAGGUCAUUAAAUUUCCACCAGACUCAGCUGCCUGCCGAAGGCUGUGCCACAAGCAGAGAAAUGAAUGAGCGGGUGUUGGAGGCGCGCACACCCAGCGCAGACUUGUUGCGGGACAAAAAGAGACGAGAGAGGAGGAAGUCGCCUCGUUACGUGUGAUCUUAGGCCGCUCAGUGCUCUGUAGCCCCUAAAACCCAGCCGGGUGGCCCAAAGGAAAGCACCCCACGCUUCGGGAAACGCCGCAGCUUUGAGCGGGAUGCAGGUUGGGAGCACCCCGAUGGACAGACACAUCAGUAAACUGAGAGCAAGAAAAGUUAAUUCGCUGCCCCAAGUUAGGUAGUGAGAAGUAGAGCUGGGACACGAAGGGCACCCAGAACUCUCCUUGCACGCCCAACCCGGCGGCCCCACAUGCCGCGGGUCUAGGGUCGCGCUAGCAGAGGCCUGGCACAACCGCCAGACUCCGGAUCCCGAGAUCCGUGCUCCGGACCUCCCAAGGGCCCCUCCCUGGGCGUGGCUCAAAACGCGGCACGGCAGAAUCCGCGGAGUGGGAUAAAAAGCACGGCCUCCGGCUGCGAGCAUGCGCGUUAGCUCGGCCCUGCCGGGCCGCGCUCGGCGCCGGGGGAGGGUCACCCGAGGCGGACGUCCGCUACGCAGGCGUCUGCGCCCCGUGGGGAGGAGGGCGAAGACUCCAUCCGCCAUGUUGGAUGCCGCAGAUUCGCCAUAACCUCACCGGCUCUUUUCUUAAAAAAAUAAAAAUAAAAAGCGAAGCGUCAGCAGGGCGCCCCGCCCCCUCGGUCGGCACGGGAGGGGGCCCGGAAGAGCCCGAGGCUUUUUUUUCCUCCGCGGUGGGGGCGUUGCCAUGGAGACGCGGGCGGCAGCUCUGGAAUCAACUAUUUCUACAAGGAGACCUGGUUUCUUUUAGUGGAGAGUGGCAUUUAGAAACGGAGAUCUGGGAACUAGAAAACACGGCCAUCUUUAUGUGUAAAUGUUGUAACCUCUUCUCACCAAAUCAGUCGGAACUCCUCUCCCACGUUUCAGAGAAGCACAUGGAAGAAGGGGUUAAUGUUGAUGAGAUUAUUAUUCCCCUUAGGCCUCUGAGUACACCUGAACCCCCCAACUCAAGCAAAACCGGAGAUGAGUUUUUGGUCAUGAAGAGGAAGAGAGGCAGGCCUAAGGGGUCCACGAAGAAGUCCAGCACGGAAGAGGAGCUGGCAGAAAACAUUGUGAGUCUGACUGAGGACAGCCCACUGGCUCCGGAGGAAGGGAACAGCCUGCCUCCAAGCAGCUUGGAGUGUAGCAAGUGCUGUCGGAAGUUCUCCAACACGCGCCAGCUGCGGAAGCACAUCUGCAUUAUCGUGCUGAAUUUGGGUGAGGAGGAAGGAGAAGCAGGUAACGAGUCUGACCUUGAACUAGAAAAGAAGUGUAAGGAAGAUGAUCGAGAAAAAGCCUCGAAAAGACCACGGUCACAGAAAACAGAGAAAGUCCAGAAGAUCUCAGGAAAGGAGGCCGGACAGCUGUCUGGGGCGAAGAAACCCAUCAUAAGUGUGGUUUUAACUGCACACGAAGCAAUUCCAGGUGCUACCAAGAUUGUGCCAGUGGAGGCUGGGCCCCCUGAAACAGGAGCUACAAAUUCUGAGACCACUUCAGCAGACCUGGUGCCUCGGAGAGGCUACCAGGAAUACGCCAUUCAGCAGACACCUUAUGAGCAACCAAUGAAGUCAAGCAGGCUAGGUCCCACUCAGCUCAAAAUCUUCACUUGUGAAUACUGCAACAAGGUCUUCAAGUUCAAGCACUCGCUGCAGGCCCACCUGAGGAUCCACACCAAUGAAAAGCCAUACAAGUGCCCCCAGUGCAGCUAUGCCAGUGCCAUCAAGGCCAACCUCAACGUGCACCUGCGCAAGCACACUGGAGAGAAGUUCGCCUGCGACUAUUGCUCGUUCACCUGCCUGAGCAAGGGCCACCUCAAGGUGCACAUCGAGCGAGUGCACAAGAAGAUCAAGCAGCACUGCCGCUUCUGCAAGAAGAAGUACUCUGACGUCAAGAACCUCAUCAAGCACAUCCGAGAUGCACAUGACCCACAGGACAAGAAGGUCAAAGAGGCCUUGGACGAGCUCUGCCUGAUGACGAGGGAGGGCAAGCGGCAGCUGCUCUAUGACUGCCACAUCUGUGAGCGUAAGUUCAAGAACGAGCUGGACCGUGACCGCCAUAUGCUGGUCCACGGAGACAAGUGGCCUUUUGCCUGUGAGCUCUGUGGCCAUGGGGCCACCAAGUACCAGGCGCUGGAGCUGCAUGUCAGGAAGCACCCCUUCGUGUACGUCUGUGCCGUCUGCCGCAAGAAGUUCGUCAGCUCCAUCAGGCUGCGCUCCCACAUCAAAGAGGUGCAUGGGGCUGCCCAGGAGGCCUUGAUCUUCACCAGUUCCAUCAACCAGAGCUUCUGCCUCUUGGAGCCUGGUGGGGACAUCCAGCAAGAAGCUCUGGGGGACCAGCUACAGCUGGUGGAAGAGGAAUUUGCCCUCCAGGGCGUGAAUGCACUCAAGGAAGAGGCCUGUCCUGGGGACACUCAGCUGGAGGAGGGCCGGAAGGAGCUGGAGGCCCCUGGGGAAAUGCCUGCCCCAGCUGUGCACCUGGCCUCCCCGCAGGCCGAAAGCACAGCCCUGCCACCCUGUGAGCUGGAAACCACCGUGGUCUCCUCCUCAGACCUGCAUUCUCAAGAGGUGGUUUCAGAUGAUUUUUUGUUGAAAAAUGAUAGCUCCUCCGUGGAGGCUCAUGCUGCUCCUGAGAAGCCCGCAGACAUGCAGCACAGAAGCUCAGUCCAGACGCAAGGUGAAGUGAUCACACUACUGCUGUCCAAGGCCCAGAGUGCUGGGUCAGAUCAGGAAAGCCAGGGCGCCCAGAGCCCCCCAGGGGAAAGGCAGAACAUGGCUGCGCUUUCAGCUGGUGACCCAGAUCCCAGCAGGUGUCUCAGGUCAAACCCAGCUGAGGCCUCAGACCUCCUCCCUCCAGUAGCUGGUGGUGGAGACACCAUCACACAUCAGCCUGACUCUUGCAAAGCUGUCCCUGAGCACCGGUCAGGCAUCACCGCAUUCAUGAAGGUCCUGAACAGUUUACAGAAGAAGCAAAUGAACACCAGCUUGUGUGAGCGGAUCCGGAAAGUUUAUGGAGACCUGGAGUGUGAAUACUGUGGCAAACUUUUUUGGUACCAAGUGCAUUUUGAUAUGCAUGUCCGCACCCACACCCGGGAACAUCUGUAUUAUUGCUCUCAGUGUCAUUAUUCUUCCAUCACCAAAAACUGCCUUAAACGCCACGUAAUUCAGAAACACAGUAACAUCUUGCUGAAGUGUCCCACCGACGGCUGUGACUACUCGACUCCAGAUAAAUAUAAGCUACAGGCACAUCUUAAAGUUCACACAGCACUGGACAAAAGGAGUUAUUCUUGUCCUGUUUGUGAAAAGUCUUUUUCAGAGGAUCGAUUGAUAAAGUCACAUAUCAAGACCAACCAUCCUGAGGUCUCCAUGAGCACCAUUUCUGAGGUUCUCGGGAGGAGGGUUCAGCUGAAAGGGCUAAUUGGAAAGAGAGCCAUGAAAUGCCCAUAUUGUGACUUUUAUUUCAUGAAGAAUGGCUCAGACCUUCAGCGUCAUAUUUGGGCUCAUGAAGGUGUGAAGCCCUUCAAGUGUUCUUUGUGUGAGUAUGCAACUCGUAGCAAGAGUAACCUCAAGGCUCAUAUGAAUCGUCACAGCACUGAGAAAACCCACCUAUGUGACAUGUGUGGCAAGAAAUUCAAAUCAAAAGGGACACUGAAAAGUCACAAACUCCUUCACACUGCAGAUGGGAAGCAGUUUAAGUGCACGGUGUGUGACUACACAGCGGCCCAGAAGCCACAGCUGCUGCGGCACAUGGAACAGCAUGUCUCCUUCAAGCCUUUCCGCUGUGCCCAUUGCCAUUACUCCUGCAACAUAUCUGGCUCUCUGAAGCGGCACUACAACAGGAAGCACCCUAAUGAGGAGUAUGCCAACGUGGGCACUGGGGAGCUGGCGGCGGAGGUGCUCAUCCAGCAAGGGCAGUUACUCUCCCAUGGAAUAAAAUUUGAAAGAUGGAGGAGACGUGAAUGCUGGCCUCCUCCACUUGCGCUCCAGCCUGUUGUCCACCCCAGAGCAUCACUAACAGCACCUCUUUCUGGUGGUUUGAAGUGUCCUGUUUGCAGCUUUGUAUAUGGCACCAAAUGGGAGUUCAAUAGGCACUUGAAGAACAAACAUGGCUUGAAGGUGGUGGAAAUUGAUGGAGACCCCAAGUGGGAGACAGCAACAGAAGCUCCUGAGGAGUCCUCCACCCAGUAUCUCCACAUCACAGAGGCCGAAGAAGACGUUCAAGGGACACAGGCUGCGGUGGCCGCGCUCCAGGACCUGAGAUACACCUCUGAGAGUGGCGACCGACUGGACCCCACGGCCGUGAACAUCCUGCAGCAGAUCAUUGAGCUGGGCGCCGAGACCCACGAUGCCACUGCCCUUGCCUCGGUGGUUGCCAUGGCACCAGGGACGGUGACUGUGGUUAAGCAGGUCACCGAGGAGGAGCCCAGCUCCAACCACACGGUCAUGAUCCAGGAGACGGUCCAGCAAGCGUCUGUGGAGCUUGCCGAGCAGCACCACCUGGUGGUGUCCUCCGACGAUGUGGAGGGCAUUGAGACGGUGACUGUCUACACGCAGGGCGGGGAGGCCUCGGAGUUCAUCGUCUACGUGCAGGAGGCCAUGCAGCCUGUGGAGGAGCAGGCUGUGGAGCAGCCGGCCCAGGAACUCUAGAGGACAUGUGGCAUCGGAUGGCCACAGGGCGGGGCUGCCAGGCUCUGCAGGCACCCAGGGUGGGGAGGCCAUCCUUCCUGCCCUACCUACAGAAUGGUGCUCUCCUUUGCCCUCCCUGCCCAGCAGCCUGAUGGGACUCUCCUAGUCCAACUUGGGGUGGGCAAGGCAGUCAGCAUCACCAGCAACACCACAGGACCCUCGCCCCAGCAUAGACACACACCCCCUGACCCUUACCAUCUGCUUCCUGAAAGACUUUAGCGUCAGCUCCCCUACACACACCCUAUACCUUCACCCCUUGGUUCAAGAUUCAGAGACUCCCAGUCCCCCUCAGCAUCCUCCCUGAAUCACAGCCACAGCUCCUUGACCUCCAUCUAGGUGCCAAAUGUUCAUCUGCAACCGCUAUGCAGUCUGGUGAGAGGGAGACAGCCAAUCACGUAGAAAGUGACCUUACGGGUUUUUAAUCACUGCUGGGUGGGGUGUGGGUAGGGGGAUUGUCCUGGCUUUGUCGACAAAGUCCCACUUCCCCAAGUAUUGAGGGCCCUUGGUAUCAAGUGAGGUAAAUUCACCCGUCACAGGGUCUCGCCGUACCAUCCUGGAAUUAUUUCACUUUUAAGAUAAAUGCACUAUUUCACUGUUCGCCUCCCAUUCUAAGGAGGUGAGGUGGAUGGAAUAAAAGCAGUUCCUGUCUGAA